AUGUCUCAACUCGAUUCUACCUUAGCGGUGCCUAUGAAACUAGAUGCCUUCAUCUUAAACGAAAAAGUUUGUACGGAUAAUAGUGAUGCGAAAACCUUAGCAAAAAUCGCGCCUAUCACGCAACCUAAUUACACCUUUCUCCGUCUGAAGCAUAAUAUUCUUCAGAACGACAUCCAGCCACAUACCGACCUUCAUAAUACUACACCCGUGGAAUUAAACUCGCGAGCCACGGACUUGAGUACAGGAGAUCCUCGUAAAAAUCGAAUGGGAGUCUAUGUCCACUGGAUGAUACCUCCCGUCUAUCGAUCUGGGACUGCAGCUACUAAGUCGGGCACCAAGGACCAUGACAAGGAGGGUCUCCAAAAGCCUAUCUCUGAAGAUGUCGACAACAACGCAGCCCAGUUCAGACCUAUUCCAACACGAUGGUUGGUAAUCCGGCGUCUUCAUUUGGACACUGCUAAGCCGGCAGGGAAGAUUCCAGAAUACCAGGCAUGGGUGAUUGAGAGUGACCGAAAGUUUGUCAUCGACAAUAUCGAGCGAUCUGUAGAUCUCGAAGUCGAUGUCACCCCCUUUGUUCAUGCGGAGGUCGGACAAUCUAUCGACCACCAGGCUGAAGUCUUCAUCGGUAAAAAGUCUCCCGCCGACAAGUGGAACGAGACCAAGGCCGACAGAGUGCCUCUCAGUGUGCUAGGCUCUGGAAACAUGCUCUUUGCGGAUUUCCAGUGCCACAAUAGCAAUGUGCUUAGUCUGGUGGACAAUUUUGAGUACGAGUCCGGUGAUUGUUUGCAAGAGGCUACGGCGGACUACUAUGUGAUAGGAUGGCAUGCCAGCGCGAAUGAGGACCCUUUUUUUAUAUCAGGAGCUUCGCUAAAUCGCUCAGUCCGCUUUGAAUUCUUGGAUAUGGUUUUCAAAUCCAACAACCCGGACCAUCAAACAUGGUGGAAUCGCACGGAUUCUGGACUCACAAUCUGUCAUGGGGCCAUUUACGGCGUAGAGUGGAAUUGGCAAAAAAAACCGAAUCUUGUCGAGGCCGACGAGUGCAGUAAAGACCUGAACAAUCUGAUGCCCGUUGCAGUGGGAAGUACUCCCCUCGAUGCCCUUCUGGCUUAUGUCCACGCUCAUCAGGAUGGAGGAGAUGACACAAUCCAUCACGUAAUGAAAAGUAUCAUCCAGAUUCAACAAUACCUCAUCAACCAGGAUGACACUGUCGACGGGCAGCAGAUAGCUAGUGAUCUGAUGUAUAACUAUAACUACGAUGCAUUUGAUGGAGGUACGCAGUUUCAUCUGGCUGGCGACGAGGACAGGCCUAAGGACUAUUCUCCUCCUAGCACACAGGCUCUAUCAAAUCUUGCACUGCUAAAUCAAGAACAACUCCGACUUGAUGCCUUGCAGCGUGCUCUCAGACGCAAACAGUGGGAUUUGUUCUCACUUUGGUGGAAAUGUGUCUGGGAGGACGCAGAAGAUAAAGACUACAAACAAUUAAUGGGUAUAUAUAAAAAAAAAGUUCAGAUAUUAUAUCAAGGGGAGAUCAAGAACCUAUCGGAGGAGAUAGAUUCUUCCAGACAAGAGAUUCAAAAAUUGAAAGCCGACCCGACCCUAACAAAAGCUCAACCAGGGGCAAUGCCUAGCUUCUACCGCCAGCGUGAUCCAACGCUUCUCGUCGGCAAUAUAUCCUCUGGAUGGCCUACGGACUGGCGCGAGGCACAACAAGUUCGAGUCAAUACAGAUAUCACGACGUGGAAGGCAGCAACGGACUAUUCAAGAGAUAUCGAUUGUGGCAUCAAGAACCUCCCGGCGGAUAUUCAAAAUGUAGCUAGGGCUCUCGUACAGGAGUUCAUCAGCCUGAGUCCCAAGGCUUCUUCCAACGUGGAAAGUCGAUCGCUGGAGACAACCUGUCCACCCCAGUAUCACGAUACCGAUCCUAAGAGUCCUGGGGUACUCCGUGACCAGUGGAACAGCACACAGCCAUGGUUUCCGCUAUUUCUAGAAUGGGAGGUGGAAUAUAGCCACAUUGCCUAUGAUUACUGGUCACUGGAGCAGCGAUCCGGUAAAUUGCAGUACGGGAUUCAGGCUGGCAAAGACGUCAGCAAAGAUUUUGCUGGGAAAACAGAGAUCGACCGUCGACGUGUUUCAGGGCGAAACCUCAUUCUUCCACAUCCAAACUUCUCGCUACGAUCCAAGAUCGAGCAGCUCUUCCAGCUUCUUCCUGAGAAGGAGCAGGAUAAAAUUCUGAACAAAGCCGCUCGACAAGAACUAUUUGACAAUUUGGAAAAGCUCAAGUUUCUGUCUGCCCCGUUAGCUGGUCUACAUGACCAUCUUGCCACUCUUGCGCACGGCAGCCAUAUAAAGCCAACUUUACGAUUGGCGGGCGAGAAACUGAAGGGUAUCGCAAGCGCCUUUAAGGAGGAUGCCGGAUUCAUCGAUGAGGUCUUGGAGGCGAUGGGGACGGAGACCGACCUGACCCCCUACGCUCAGCUGGUCAAUUUCUACGACUUCCCGGCGGCGGCCUUCAAGCCGGCAGUUCACGGCCAAUUCAAGUUCACCAAGAUCAACAUCAUUGACAAAUUCGGCCAGGCAAUUCAUGCCAUCGAUCCACGCUGGUUACCGGGCGGACCGCCCCCGCUGUAUCCUUGUAUUAGCGACUUCUAUGCACCACAGUCCAAAUCAGAUAACCCGAAGGUGGCUAAUACGGUUGAGACGCAGCCGGAUGGGAAGAAUGAGUUCAUCCAAAUGUGGCCCCAUAUCAACCAGCCUGCCCGUGUCAAUAGUGCGUUUGUUAAGAGAGACACCGAUAUGAAGUCUUGGAUACCACUGACCGAAUGGGAGAAUCCCAUAUGGGGGUGGUUAGUUAUCAACUACGCCGAAUACGGUAUCCAGAUCUUUCUCCAAGAUGGGACCUUUUACCGCGAGGUACGACUCGGAGGUCAGACAGCGGCCAGUACAUCCGAUAAAUGGCUUCCCUUUGACAAGCCGAGUCAAGGACAACCAGUUACCCAGCUAGACUAUCUGAUCGAGAAACUGGGAAAGCCAGAUUACCUGCAGUCCUUUGUAAAUAUGAUCAACGAGUCCCUCCAGACAUCUCAGUUGGUCCCUGAUGCCUACUCCCAGUUCCAGAGCAGUGUCGUUGGGAGGCCACUGGCACUAACUACAGUGGCCUGGAGUCUCGAGCUAGCCGAUGAUGAGUACGUUAACCAAUCCACGAAAAAUGAAACGGCACCAGAGCGAUUUCUACUCCCCAAACAAACGGGAAUAAAUACGGAACGACCGCUGUAUACCUUCAAAUUUCAGAUGGGUGACAAAGACCGGGCUUAUGAUGGAUUGGUCGGGUAUUUCAACGUGACGGAGAACACGGAAAAGGGCAAUGAUUUCAAGCUCGACGACUGCUUCACCUACUUUGGGGUUGACAAAAAAUAUGGCCUGUCCGACACCGCACCCUUACGCAAGAUCGAAGCAGCCAACUAUCCCUCCUUCCAAGCCUUCUACACUGACCCAAAUAAGGACGCAACUUCCAUUCAGAGAGAGAGAAACCAGCAGUUGGGCCGUAAUGUCUACGGUGCCAUCAUGGACCCUUUUACUGCUGUACACGCCUACUCUGGAAUCCUCCCUUCCAAAGCCGUCAAACUGCCGCCUUGGACGUGGCAGACUGCAUUAUCGCGUAUGACGGCUUUCUUUCACGCGGGCCCGUUGGUGAUUACCAAGGAUGUGCCCAACUUCGACGAGUCACACACUUUGCAUGCGGAUUACAAUUUAGAAAAAGUUGACAUCGUGCGGCCUAGCCCAGUUGCUGUUCCAGGUAUGGAUGCUAAGGAUUGGACCUGGCUUCAGCCAUAUAGCCAUCCGGUCAAGAAAGACGAGCCAGCGGAAGAAACAUCGUUCAUGCCACUAGGACUAAUAGAUUCGGAUCAGCGGCCCCGGUUUGAAGAUCCGCCAUACACGGCCAUCGAGGGAUACUUGCAGCUACGGAAGCCUAUCUUGAAGAAAUAGGAGCACACUAUCUUUGUAUAGUUAAGACAAAUUUUAUCAAUACAACAAGAUCAAUUUAAAAGAGUGUUAGAUAUUCC